AUGACUGAAGCUAUGGUUGCUGAUUCCGGCGGAUGGGCCGUUCCCGCCGUCCACUCUGAGGAAAUUUCCGAAUCUUGCUCUCUGCUUCCCGCGCUGAAAGAUUCGCCCCAGCCAUCACCGCCCAUCGGCGCUGCUCCGUCUCCUGCAGCCGUCGAAGAUGAUCGCUCGCUUCUUGCGGGCAACAAUCCCAGUUUUCAUCCUCUCGAGAAGGCUGGAUGCGUAGUUUCUGAAGUACUGGUUGAUGACCAUGCUCAAGAAACGCUGGUUCUUGGUCGCUGUGGCGGCAAGAUGAACGAGAGGCAGCAGGUGAAUGGGGGAAACGUGAAGAGGAAUGGGAAUCAAGGUGCUGGUGAUGGAAAGAAGAAGAGGCCAAGAAGGAAGAGGAAAGAUUCGGUUAAUGAGAAACUGAAUCAAGCUUUGGAGCCUCAAAAUCGUGGCGUUGGAGGUUUAUAUCCAGUGAAUGGAAAGUAUUCGAGGAAGGAGUUGGAGGAGAUGAGGUUUCUGAACAUUGUGGAGCAAAGGAGAAUCUGGAGUAGUAUAUACAAUGGAUUAGGGGCUGCUGUUGUGAAGGAGUAUGAGGAGUUGGCUUGCUCAAGGAACCAGAAGAACUUGCACCAGCGGAACUGUGAUUCCUCCAGGCAUCCACGCUUUGGAAGUCAAGCUGCUGCUACUGCUGGCGCUCCAAGUGUACUUGUGAAGACACCAGACUUUGCUGAGCCUUCUCUUCCAUUUUCCCUGCCUUUCUUCUUUGCUGCUUGCCUACUUCCCAGCUGGAUUGAGCCCCCUUGUUAUCAAUUUGAUGGGUUGAGUUUUGUGUUCUGGACAGGUUGUGGUGCUGCAAGGGGAAGUAUGUUUGCGUUUGAUGAAUGGGUGGAGAGUUCUAAAUUAAUUAUUGUUUCAGGGGAAGAAUUGUCUUCCGAAAAUGUGGGCGAUGAGUUAGAAAACGUGCAAGAAGUUGAUAGAGAAAAUUUGAGUUUGAGUCCUUCCUCCAGUCAUGAUAUCGCCGGUGGUGAAACCCCCGAUACAGUUGCAGAAGAGCAGUAUGAUGAAGAGGAUGAUAGCGAUGAUGAUUAUGCCAGCAUCCAAAAGCCGGCUUUUCGUAUAGAAGGAGAACCAAAUUUUGAUUCUGGACCUCCAGAAGACGGAUGGGAAUAUCUAAGGCGUGUCAGGUGGGAAGCUGCUCGUAUUCCCAAAGUCAAAGUUGCCAAGCUUGAUCAGCAUAAGAUUAAGAAAGAGCAAAGUGUUUACAUGCCUCAGAUACCUGAUAUCCCCAAGUGUCCAGACCAUCUACUGCCUUCAAAAACUUGGGAAGACGCAUUUCUGGCCGACUUUUCACAGCUGCGACUGUUGUUGGCAAGAGAUGAAGAAUCCGAUGAUCUGAUUUCUCAUAAACCUCAACCAGUCACCAUAGCCCACGAGAAGGACGACGAAACUCAGUUCCAUCUGCUCACCGAGAAUAUCAUUCUCGAAAAUGUGAAUCACCUCUGCCCUGAAAACGUUGAUCCUAAUGGUCCCCCCGAUGGUUCUGAUCUCGAGAACACGGUUGAUCAUGCCUCAUCAUCAUCGCACGCGAUCACCAACGAGGGUAAUAAGCUGCCUGCACCUUCCCCCACUCCAAAAUCUACCACAACCAGAGUCGAGGACAGUUCAACCAGCCACCCAGCCUUAUCUGCAAUCCUAGCUAUGGACUCUGUGGUUCGAGUCUCCACUCUGAAGAAACGGAUAAGCUCUGCAGAAAGCGCCACGACGACCAGUUUAUCGAAGAACGACUGCCUGUGGCUGUUUGCCCUGUGUGCAGCGGUCGAUACCCCGCUGCUGGCUGAUACCAGCGCCGCCAUUCGUGGGCUGCUCCGAAAAUGUGCCAGCCUUCGAGCUGUCAAGUCCGAGCUGGACGAUGAGGUUGUGAUGCUGAAUAUCCUGGCGACCAUCUGUGGCAGAUUUUUCGGCCAGGCUGAAUGCUAAAACCCAACCCUUUUUUCAAAAGCAGGAGUCUUUUCCUAGUAGGUUCUCUGCUCGCUGGGAAGUUACCAACUAUGAUGCCAGUAAGGUUACUUAAAACUUUUUUCUCUGUUUCUAGCACUGAACCAGAGGUGAAAAGUCAUUUGUUUAUGGUUUAUUGGUUAACUGUUAUAGAAUCGUCAUCAUACUUAUAAUGACGACCUACUACGAAAAAGUAA